GACUAUCAUUGCAGUGGCUGGUGUUUAUGCUAUGGUGAAGAAGGAAGACACCGGGUGUCCUGAGGCUGCAACAGAAACAAACAGGGAUGAAGCAAAGUGUUGUACCUACGACUCCAGAGACUGUAAGCUGUUGUAUCUGGCUUCAGAAAUGUCCUUCUAUGAAGAUUGCACGGGAGUUUACACGUGCAAGAUGAAGGUAGCUACACAGCUGACCCAGGGUUGUAACGAUGUUGGAUACUUCUUAAGAUCCAACUACAUGAUGAUGGAAUAUCUCUGUAUACCAAGAUCUCUGACGUUGGAGGGAGUGGAAGAUGCAAGUGUCUCCGGCACGUCGGUGUAUCUCAAAAGCAAGGAUUAUCCUGCUGGUAUCCCAGCUGGUACUGAGGUAAGCUGUUCCGUAGCCGCAUCCUGUCGCCAUCACCGCAAUCCACGUGGAUCUUGGAUCUUCAGAACGAUAGCAGUGGAUCGUGUCAGCAGCGUCUCAACAUUAAAGACAACGAUGAAGAAAUGCAAAUAGAUUGCGGCAGCAACAACGGGGACACCUUUAAGAUAACUGAGGCCUUCAAGAGCAAAUCUCAUUUUCUGGUGAUCACCUUCUUGAAUAACAACAGUGGAAAUACUGGACGCUACUGGCUUGAAAUAAAGUCUGAAGCAAAUGGUGCAACUGUGGAAAUGACGUGUGGAAAUGACGCAGCAUCUACCCCUCCAACUGUUGACAAGUGUACAGAUAACAGUACUGAUCAUUCUAAAGGGCCUGCUACUGUCACAGAGGAUCCCGUCAUGUCAGAAUUAAACAAAUAUAAGUAUGCUACGAUUGGUCUAGGUGUUGCCGUAGCUAUGUUCGUCACUGUCAUAGUGUGUGGGUUCCUCGUCAAAUGUCUGAAGGCCUUAAAGCAGUCUAAUAAGACAAAAGUCAAGCCCAUCACCAAGAGAUCCGAUGGGUUUGGUGACCAGCAGGUAAAAAGUUAACUACUAGUAUGCGUCGACAACCUUCUUUGUGUACACAUCUUGAAGCGCUGUUAUCUGUUACAGACAAAUCAGGAUAUCAAUUACCUAAUAACCUUACUCCCAUACUUAAA